AUGUCUGAACGAAAAGUUUUGAACAAAUAUUAUCCACCCGAUUUUGAUCCAUCACGAUUACCAAGAGUGAAACGUGCUAAAAAUCGUCAAUUUACUAUACGUUUGAUGGCGCCGUGCAAUAUGAGAUGUAAAGCAUGCGGUGAAUACAUAUAUAAAGGAAAAAAAUUCAAUGCACGAAAAGAAGAUGUUAUUGGUGAUACUUAUCUUGGAAUUCAAAUAUAUCGAUUUUAUAUCAAAUGUACCAAAUGUCUCCACGAAAUAACAUUUAAGACUGAUCCAUCGAAUGGUGACUAUGAAUUGGAACAUAGUGCUAUUCGAAAUUUUGAAUCUAUUCGAUUAGCUGAAAAGCAAGCUAAAGAUGAUCAGAAACAAAAAGCAGAAGAAGAAGCCACAAAUCCAAUGAAGUUACUAGAAAAUCGCACACGUGAUUCCCGUCAAGAAAUGGCCACAAUCGAAGCAUUGGAAGAUAUAAAAGAACUGAAUGCACGACAAUCAUCGAUAGAUCCAUUACAAAUGUUACUUGCACAACAAGAACAAGCUAAACAAUUAGCAAUAAGAAGAAAACAAAUGGAAGAGGAAGACGAUUUGGAAGAAAUUAGAAGAGCAUUUCGUAAAAAUGUGGUGAAAUAUGAAGAAUAUGAAGAUGAUAAAGAAGUAAAUGAUGACAAAUCGGAGAUAACAGUUGAUCUAGUUGAAGAAGAAAAACCCAUUGUAUCAAGCAAUAAUGAUUCAGAUCAGAAACGCAAAAUGCCGAUAGUGUUUGCUCAACCAAAUCCAUCUAUUACAAAACAAAAACAGUUAUUAAACAUGCUUGUUCGAAAAAAAAUAAAAACGGAUGAAAAUCCUAAAUCGCAAUCAAAACCAACAAGUUUAUCGCUUUUAGCGGCUUAUGCUGACGAUGAUAGUAGUGAUAAUGAUUAG